AAACUUCAAUCAAAUAUUUUUCACAUUCGAUUCAAUAGCUUUUCGUGAAAAUUGUAGAUUUUUUAAACUCUUUUUGUAAGUUUUUCGCAUGCUUCGUUUGCAAACCGCCUAAAAAUGUUGCCAGCGUCAUCAAACGUAUCAGCUGUGAAAGAAGCGGAUGAAAAUGAGCCCAGCACUUCGUCAUUUGCGGCCAAAUGCCAUUCUGCGCCACGGCAGGCAUCGAGCAUCACCGACCCCUUGGAUAUACAGAACUCUAACACCAGCUUGUACGAUAACAGUGUGCUGACGCCACCCGAUUUGACAUCUGAUGAAGAAGAGGAGUUUUGUUUUUACAAUCCAAAUCAACCGUGUUACUGUAUUUGCAAUAAAAUUUCUUAUGGCCGCAUGAUUGCUUGCAACAACAGGACGUGUCCAUAUGAAUGGUUUCAUUUUCCAUGUGUUGGUAUUAAACGACCGCCAAAGGGUAAAUGGUAUUGCCCACUUUGUACAAUCAAAAUGCAGUGUGGCGGCAAGCGAAAGCGAAAAUUUUCUUAGUACUUGGAAUGCUAGCCUUAAAAAUGAUCAGUGUAUUCUGAAGAUUUGAAAAUUAAAAUUUAUAUUUUAAUAAAAAUAAAAUCUGGCUCUCU